AUUUUAAAAAUUGUGACUGAAUUAAUUUAAUUCAUAAUUUUGGGUCCUGAACUCGUCAGCACACGAGAAAGAAACGUAUUUCUCGUAAGGGCCAGCAGAUGGCAUACCUCGGCAAUUCGUGCCUGAAGUGCAGUCUGUCGGUGAGCAGUGAAACUACACGAUCGACAUCGGUAUAUUUUAAAUGACACAGUGAGAGCGGAAAUUUCAUACUUCCGAUUUCGCCGUUGCUAAGGGGCAGUGGAAACAUAAGUGCGGCAUACAUAACUAGUUUCGAAUCAGUGUUCCUUGAAGCAACUGGCAAGGUGUUUCAAAGUGUAGGGAGAACAUGAUAUUCUUGACAAAAAUAUAUAGUAUGGACUGAACAUGAUUUGCUGCUUAAUAACAGUCGCCGUUGCUACGGAUAAACCGAUUGGGAUGAUACAGUUGACCGACCGCAAUUAUGUCGGCAUGAAAAGAUUUUUAUGGAAGAACCGUAGUUCGGUGACAGUAAGGUUAUCCGUUUAGGUUAUACACUAUUGUAAAAGUGACUGGGCAAGUGGUGUCUCGCCGUUAAACAACUUCAUUGCAUUGUUAUAAAAUUGGCUAUUCUGGUACAAAUGUCUGUUCGUGUAAUCUGAAGAAGAGCAAAGACAAUUCGGAGAGCUGUGUAUGAAAUAUAUUAUUAGUACAUUAAAGGCUAACUGUAAGAUUGGAAGACGUGCCUUUGAAAAACAAAAGCAUCAUCUUUGUGAGAAACAUUGUUGGACGUUUCCGUGGAGCAGAGCCGACGCGUUGAUCGAACGGAGCGCACGAGGAUCUCGCUCCCGCCAAAAGAGGGCGGACGUCGCGUCGUGGCGCGGCGCGGAGCUGCGCAGCCAGUUGGCUGGAGUACGAGAGCGGUUGGGGGGAGGCCUUCAUUGAUCAGCGGCCGGCGGAGAAGAGGAGCUGCGGGGCGCUCCGCUCAGUCGGGCAGUGGUGCGGCAGCGGUGCGCGUGGGGCAUGUGACGCACGGCGCGGGCGUGCGGUGUGCGGUCGAGAGGGAGCAGGCGAGUGCGGGCGUGCGUGCGUCGAUAGCGGAGACCAGAGAGCGAUAAUGCCGCCGUCUGCGGGCGGUCUCGGACUCCUCCUGGCACUGGUGGCGGCGGCUGCGACGACGACGACGACGACGACUGCGGCAGCGACUCGAAGCGGAGGAAAGCGCAGCAGCGGGCGGUCAUGUCGUACGGCGCCCCCUCCAAUCUGAGCGGGGGCGGCGGAUACGGCGCUGGAGGAGGCAGCGGAGCAGUCGGUGCCGGCGGGAACCGAUCGCCGCGGAGCUCGCGCCGGCUGGCCGGUGAACUGCCCACCGUAGACCGGUCGCCGUCGCGCUCCAACUACGGCCUGAGCGGCGGCGGCGCCACACGGGGCAGCCCUCUGGGGAGCCGCAAGGGCGCGCGCUCCCCACCCCCGUCGGCGGCGGACGCGCAGCAUGCGCAGCAGCAGCAACAGUACCAGCAGCAGCAGCAGUACCAUUCGGCAGCGUCAGCGUCCGCCGGCUACAUGGGCUCGCCGUACUACGCGACGCGCGACGACGAGCUAGGCUCGCCGGUGAUGAUGGACGAGCGCGGCCGCGGCCACCACCGGUCGCGCUCCGCCUCGCGGCCCGCCAUGGGGGGCGGCGGGGGUGGCGGCGGCACGCGCUACCAGUCGCUGGAUCGCAGCGGGUUGGGCGGCGACGCGCACGAGCGCGAGUUUGUGCCCAUCCGGGAGCCGCGCGAGCGCUCGCUGGACCGCGGCAUGGGCACCGGCCGCGACCGCUCGCUCGACCGCGGGGGCGGCCUCUACCUGGACGACGACCUGUACGGCGGCGGCGGGGGCGGCAGCCGGUCGGCGCGCCAGUCGCCCAACCCGCACAUGAUGGCCUCGGGCGGCAGCGGCCGCGACAUUGUCGCCGAGCUGCAGCAGCAGAACAGCGACCUGCAGCGCGAGCUCGCCAACUUCAAGAAGGAGCUCGAGCUCACCAACCAGAAGCUCGGCUCCAGCAUGCACAGCAUCAAGACGUUCUGGAGUCCCGAGCUCAAGAAGGAGCGCGCCCUGCGCAAGGAGGAGUCGGCCAAGUACAGCCUCAUCAACGACCAACUCAAGCUGCUCAACUCCGAAAAUCAGAAACAAGCGAUGCUGGUUCGCCAACUGGAGGAGGAGCUACGGAUGCGAAUGCGCAACCCGAGCAUCGAGAUGCAGCAGCAGAUGGAGGUGCUGUACGCCGAGAACGAACACCUGACCCGCGAGAUCGCCAUCCUCAGGGAGACCAUCAAGGAGCUGGAGCUGCGGAUAGAGACGCAGAAGCAGACGCUGCAGGCCCGCGACGAGAGCAUAAAGAAGCUGCUGGAGAUGCUGCAGAACAAGGGCGUCGGUGGUAAAAUGCUAGAUGGAGACAGGGAGUCAUUUGAAUCCCUCCAGGCCAGGCUGAUAGAGAGUGAGGAUAAAAUUCGGCACUAUGAGAAUCUUGUGAGGAAUCGAGACCAGGAACUCAGUAAGACUAAGAGAGAAUUAAAGGCCACGAAUGAGACACUUAGAGCCCUUCAGAUCCAGUUAGAGAAAGCUUACAGUCAAAAUUCCAGCGGUCCCUCUAACAGUACCCUGACUGCCAUUCUGGAAACGAAGGACGCUCGAAUUGCGACCUUGGAGAAGGAGGUGUGCCUCCUCGAGAAAGAGCUGGAUAGGCUGCGCGAGGCGGGGGCGGGGGCGGGGGUGGUGGCUCGACUCUCCCCCCUCCCCCCCGCAAUGUCCGAGCACGACAAGUCAGAGUUUAGCAUUAAGCGGCAACUGGACGAGUUCCGCGCGGAGAUCCAGCGGCGCGACCAGGAGAUCCUGGCCAUGAGCGCCAAGAUGAAGACGCUCGAGGAGCAGCACCAGGACUACCAGAGGCACAUAGCCGUCCUCAAGGAGUCGCUCUGCGCCAAGGAGGAGCACUACAACAUGCUGCAGGCGGAUGUUGAAGAACUCCGACAACGGUUAGAGGAGAAGAACCGGCAUAUAGAGAAGAAAACACAGCAGGCGCAGCAGGCGAUACAAGAAAGAAACCGUCUGAACAAUGAACUCAGCGAGUUGAGGGACCACAUGGACAUCAAGGAUCGCAAGAUCAACGUCCUGCAAAGAAAGAUCGAGAACCUGGAGGACCUGCUGAAGGAGAAGGACAACCAGGUGGACAUGGCGCGCGCGCGCCUCACGGCGAUGCAGGCGCACCACUGCUCUUCCGAGGGCGCGCUGUCCAGCUUGGAGGAGGCCAUCGGUGACAAGGAGAAGCAGAUGCAGCAGCUGCGCGAGCAGCGGGACCGCGCCGAGCAAGAGAAGGCCGAGGAGCGCGAGCUGCACGAGCGCGAGCUGGCCGAGUACAAGAUGAAGCUGCACGCGCUCGAGAGCGAGGUCGAGAAGCUGGGCGCGCGGCUGGAGCGCGCGCAGGCCGAGAAGGACCGGCUGGAGGCCAAGCUGGAGAGCUCGCAGUCCGAGCUGGGCAAGUCGAAGGCGGAGCUGGACAAGGCGGCGAGCGAGGCGGGCCGCAGCGGCGCCGACUGGGAGGCGGCCAAGCAGCGGCUGGCGCGCCUCGAGCUGGAGAACGAGCGCCUGCGCCACGACCUGGAGCGCUCGCAGGCCACGUUCGGCCGCAGCACGCUCACCACCUCGCAGGAGCUGGACCGCGUGCAGGAGAAGGCGGAGAAGGCGGCGGCGGAGUUGCGGCGCGCGCAGGCCGAGCUGCGCGUCACGCAGGCCGACAACGAGCGCGCGCGCGCCGAGGCGGCCGCGCUGCAGGAGAAGGUGGAGAAGUCGCAGGGCGAGGUGUACCGGCUCAAGGCGCGCCUCGAGAACGCGCAGGCCGAGCGCGAGAGCCUGCGCGACGAGUACGAGCGCGCGCAGCAGGCGGCCGCGCGCCUGCACGCCGAGCGCGACAAGUCGUCCGCCGAGCUGGAGAAGGCGCGCGAGGAGCUGGAGCGCUCGCAGGCCACCCUGGGCAAGGCGCAGCUGCAGCAGGACAAGCUGCAGAACGCGCUCGACAAGGUGCAGACCGACCUGGACAAGCUGCAGGAGCGCUUCGACAAGUCGCAGGCCGAGGUGCGCCGGCUCCAGAUGGAAAAGGAAAAGCAGAACUACGAUUUUGAAAACGUACAGUCGCAGCUCGAUAAGGCACUAGGCCAAGCGACAAGACUGCAGAAGGAGCGAGAGGCGGUCCAGCUGGAGGUCGACCGGUUAAGGGACAAGUAUGAGAAAGCCCAGAUGUUGAUGGCAAGACUCCAGAAGGAGAAAGACGGGGCCAUUGAAGAAUGUGAAAAGCUCCAAGAAAGGGUUGAGAUCCAACAGGGCCAAAUAUCCAAGGCGCAAAGGGAACGUGAAAACAUGCAGACGGAGCUGGAUAUGAUCAAGGAAAGAUGGGACAAAGCGCAGCAGAUGCAUCAGAAAAUUCAGAUGGAACGAGACGACGCGUUAACUGAAAUCGAAAUAUUGAAAGAUAAGUUGGACAAGUCGCAGACAGUGUCACAGAAAGCGAUGGAGGAAAGAGACAACGCAAACAAAGAGUUUGAACGUAUGCUCGAAAAAUACGAUAGGUCGCAGGGCGAAGUGUACCGAAUGCAGAACAAACUGGAGGCAGCAGAGGCGGAGAAGGACCGACUCGAGAUGGAGGUGGAGAAGGCUCAGCUAUUGGCUACCAAGUCGCGCGAAGAUCAGCGCAAAACACAAGACGAGCUGCAGCGGGUCCAAGAGAUGUACGACCGAGCUGCGCUCCAGCUGGGCCGCACUAAGGAGAACGAGGAGAAAUUCAAAGAGGAGAUAGACCGCAUGGCUGUCGACCUCGACAUGGUGCGCGAGCGAUACGAAAAGACGCAGAUCGAGAUGCGCCGUCUGCAGAGUGAUCGCGAGAAGUACCAGGGGGACAGUGAGCGCCUCAGUUUCGAACUGGAGCGCGCACACACACAGUGCGCAAAGGCACAGGCUGCAAAUGAAAAGAGCCAGGAGGAAAUGGCCCGCCUGCAGGUGGAGCUGGAGAAGAUGUACGACAAGCACGACAAGGGCCAGGCCGAGCUGCGGAAGUCGCAGUCGGAGCUGGAGCGCUACCGUACCGAGGCGGAGCAGCUGCGCGAGGAAGCGGAGCGGUACGCUGCCAGGAUGGGCAAGUACCAGGACACGCAGGAGAGGACCAAGGAGGAGCAGGAUCGCCUCAAGGCCGAAAUAGAGCGGCUGCGGGAUAGGCUCGAGAAGACGAACAGUGAGUUGGAGCGAGCGCGAAAGGCAGAGCAGGAGGCAGUCCGUCUGCGAAUGGAGCUGGAGCGCGCGGAAGGUGUAAGAGGUAAAUACCAAUUCGAACAGGAGAAGUGGGCUGCAGAAACUGGUAGGCUGCAGGCAGAGUGCGAGAAGUUGCGCGAGCGGCUGGACACGAGCCAACUGGAGAUGCAGAGGGCGCUGGUGGCCAACGAGAAGCAGGAGGAGCGCCUGCACGAGCUGCAACUCGAGCUGGAGCUCGGCAAGGCCGAGUCGAUGAAAAUGGCGGCGACCCAGGAAAAGCAGCAGGGCGAGAUAGAGCGGUUGCACAUCGAGUGCGAGAAAGUGCGCGAUCGACACGAGACUCUCCAGAUGCGCUCCGAAGCACUGGAGAAGGAGAACGAGCGGUUGCGCUCCGAAUUGGCGCAAAAGGAGCGCCAGUUGGCGGUGGGCGACAAGAGCCGCACCGAGGUGGAGAGGGCGGGCGCUGCCGAGGUGGACAAGCUCCGCGAGCGGCUGGAACAGGCGCAGGCCGACCUGUCCAGGGCGCAGCAGCUGCGCGAACACUCCGACGCCGAGGCGCAGCGCCUGGCGCGGGAGCUCGAGAAGUCGCAGCUGCACCUCGGCAAGUACCAGGAGAACAACGAGGCUGCGCGGAUAGAGUUUGAGCGAAUGGCGACGGAGCUCAGUCGUCUGCACGAAAAGCUCGAGAGGGCGCAGGCGGACGCGCAGCGGGCGUCGGACGAGCGUGCUCAGCUGCAGGCGGAGAGGGACGCACUGCAGGCGGACCUGCUCCGCGCGAGAAAGGCCGCCGAUCAGAUGCAGGAAGCGCAGCAGCGCACUCGGCAGGAUGCAGACAGACGUUUGCAGGAGGACGCCUCCAAGAUGCAGCAGGAGCUCGCACAAGCUGCGAGGGAGAAGGAGAGGUUGAACUCCGCACUGGAGAAGCGCGAGAAGCAGGCGGAAAGGUUAGAGAAACAGAUGGCGAAAAUGGAGUCCGAGGUGAAACAGCUCACGCUCGAGAGAGACCAGUUAGUGGUGCAACUGGAGAAGUCACAGGACAUGCUGAUGAACUUCCAGCAGGAGCUACAACAGUCCGAGUCGGAGCUCAGUCGACUGAAGACCGAGCACCGCAAGGUGGCGCAAGACGCCGAAUCGCUGGAAGGGAGAGACCGGCAGGUCCAGGAGCUCCAGCAACAACUGCAGAACUUGCAGAGGGAAAGGGACCGAGAGCGGCAGAGGGCGGAGCGGGCGGACCGCCGCCUGCAGGAGCUGGGCUCGCAGGCAGAGGCGGACACCGGUCAGUGGCGCCGUGCCGUGGAGGCCGAACGGGACAGGGCCGAUAGGGCGGAGAGGACUGUGGCCGAACUGCAGAAAAGGGUGCAGGCUGUAGAAAGGCAGAUGAAUGCCCAACAGCAACAGAUGGCCCAAAUGCAACAACAGCAGCAACAACAGGUGCCACCGGCUGCUGCCGAGGAACUGAACAGACUGCGUAAAGAGCUCGAAAAGUCGCAGGCUGAACUGAAGAAUGCGUCUGUUGAGCGAGAACGAUUCCAGGCACAGUUGGAGAUGCUAGUUCAGGAGCUGGAGAAGAACCAGCUGGAUCUUCAAGAAGCGAACAAGAAACUAGCGAAUGGCGCAGCGAGAGCUGGAGAAGAAGCUACCGCCCUUAGAAUGCAAUUAGAAGAGCAGAAGAAACAACUAGAAGAGCAGAGGAGACAAUUAGAGGAGCACAAGAGAGGCUUAGAUAGUAAAAGUAGGCAAUUAGAAGAAAAAGAAAAAUCUAUAGCAGAUGCAGAUCAGAAACUGAAGAAAAGGAAAGAAAAACUUGAUCAGCUGGAGGCACAGCUUCAGAAGGGUGCAGGAGCAAGGGGUGGAAACGCAGAAAUACAGAAAAGAAUGCUGGAACUAGAACAACAGGUUGAAACUCAUCAAAAGGAGCUGGAGAAAUCCAAAGAAGAUGCACAGCGUUCACAAGUAGAAAUGGAAAGACUUCUACAGCUUGUCCAAAUGAGUCAAGAAGAACAAAAUGCCAAAGAAAAGACAAUUCGUGAUCUUCAAGAGGCACUGAAGAAUGCCCAAGCAAAACUGAGAAGCCAACAAGCCAGUGCACAAAUGGAAAGGAGAGAAGAGGUGGAAAUGCAGGACAAGGCUGUGGAAACUCUGAACAUCAGCAGCAAAAAUGCUUCGGAAGUUAUGGAAGAUGCGAAAGAAGAAAAGAGUGAUGGUUUUGAUGAUCAAGUGAGUGAAAUUCAAGAACUUAAGGAAGAACUCAAGAAACGUGGGCAAAAGGUGUCUGAACUGGAGAAAGAAAUUGGUACCCUGGAAACUGCUCUUCAGGAGAAUGCAAACAUAGCUGAGCUUGAGGAACUGGUUGUGGUGGUUCGACAGAAAGAUGAUAGAAUUGAGGAGCUGGAGGAGGCACUUCGUGAAAGUGUUAGAAUAACUGCCGAAAGGGAGAAGGUGUUACAUCAGGAAUCAACACGUCGGAAACAGAUCAUGGAAAAGGUGGGUAAAUUGGAGCAGCGAUUACUGUCUCUUCAGACAGCACAUGCAUUACGCUGUAGCUCUUGCCGUCCAUUAGUUGGUCGCUUGCAGGAAUUGGAGCAACGACUAGGGUCACUUACAGCUGAAAGGCGGCAGCAUCUGCAGGAUUUGUCACGCAUGAAGCAAGAAGCUCUUGAAGCAGCACUCAGUGAAAAGGAUGCUCAUUUAGCCUUACUGGAAGUGUCAGGCAUCAGAACAGCAAGACAAGCAGAAGAGGCAGAGCAAUUACGUGCUGAUCGAAAAAGGCUUAUGGAAAAACUCCGAGAAGAGAAUGAACAGAGUGUUCGGCUGCUGCAAGAGUAUUCCCUGCCAGAUGUAGAGCAGUUCACAUCAUCUGUAACAAAUGUCAUUGAAGCUGAAGAUAAAGAGAAAGAAACCACCUCCAGUAAUCAUAAUGGUCAUUCACAUCACGAGGAAGAGAUUGAUCAAGACAGUUUGGAACCCUUGAGCCCAGAUUCUACCUUAGGUAUGUGAAAUGUUUUUGGUUAUCAUCGUUCUUCACAAGCAAAGAAGAAGUAGUUUCAAAAAGGUGCUGUGCAUCCCUUAUACCUGAACAUUUCCAUAUGCAGGAUGUCUGUGCAUAUCUUCUGAAACAAUUUUGUGUCCAAAUCAAGAUAUGAACAUGAAGAUUUCAUAAUAAAAUGUGCUGCACUUAUUUUGCACAAUAAGUUCCUCCCUGUCUAUAAAUGCACUGCCAUUAAUGGCCCACAAACUAUGGGAGUCUGGCCUUCAGCUGACAGGUUGAAUUAAGUGCAUCACAGUUGUUGAAAUGGUGAUAUUCACUCUAAAGACAUUGCUAGCACACGGUAUGUGUGUAUUUUACAACUGCGUAUUUAGUUAACUGGUGCCGUAACAUUUUGAUACAAACAUGUGAGUGAAGUGUGUGUGAAAUGACAACUAACUACUUUGCAAAAUGACUAUUUGUGCUGUGAGUGAGAAAAUGACGUGUGAAGAAAAAAUGAGUUUCAGACAUCUCCUGCUUAUUAUAGCAAUAAUACACGCAUGCCACUUAAAUGCAGAAAGCAGUGUCUACAAUAUUUUUUAGCCUUAUUACUGUACUGUGAAAAAGGAAAGGAAAUGUGAAAUGUGGGGAGGUGUUGACAAUAAAUAAAGCAACUCACUGAACCAUGUCUUCCUAUGGUGGAGAGUGCUUUAAGAAAGCACAAGCUGGGUAGUGAUUUGGAAGAAUAAAAACACAAGAGAAAGUCAUAUUAAUGUGUUUUUUAAAUGACUUUCACUUCAAAAUGCCUUCUUUGCUCGGGUAGACUAUUUUCAUUUAUUUUUCAAAAUAACAAUGUGUGUGCUCUGUUUUGAUUUUCAACAUUUAUGUAGAUUUCAUAGUAGUUCUGUAUUUCAGUAGAACUGUUACACAAUGAUAGAUAUCAUUCAAUGAAAUAAAACAGGAAAUUUUCUAGUGCAUGAGAUUUUGUGAAUUAAGUCAUUGCUCUCUCAGUUUUUUUAAUAUCUGAGUGAAAUUAAUUUUAGAAGGAAUGUCAAAUUGCACAAUUUUAUUACUAAAUAUUUCCAACAUAUUGUGUGCUGUAGCCACAUUGAUUAAAUGUAUAGUGACAGAUAAUAGAUAUAAUUUUUCCAACAGAACAAAAAGUGUUCAAAAAUAUUUUUUGUUGAUAAUAGUUGACUGUAUAAAAAUUGAAUAUGCAGUGGCAUGAUUACUGUUAUAGAAUAAAUACUGGCCAUAUUUGAUUGCAUUUUCCCAUAUGAUAAGGCCGAUGCCAAUAUUAUUUAUAAACACCAAAGUAUUUGUGAAAUACAGAAAUUUGGUUAGUGUCACUACACAACAAAUGUCACUAUGGGAACACUGCAGUCAUUUAUGGAUUGAAUAAAAGUCAUUCUUUGUACAUAUUACUAUAUGACGUUGACUGACUUUAAAGAAAAUCUGUUGUAUGUAAUGUGGCACUAUUUCUUGUAAAUGAAGGUGCAUAAGGUAUAAAAAUGUUAGUGGUCAAGGAAAGAAUGAACUGUGUUCGUGCUUUGAUCAGCAGAGAAAUGUACGGAUCUGUUGUUAACAAGAUAUUCCAGUACUUGCUGAAACUAAUCAAAAGCUGCCUAUAAUGUUUAGAGGAAUAUGCUUUUGGCAAGUAAAGUAUGGAUUAUUUCUUUAGAGAAUUAAAUACAUCCGUCUGGGUGGAUUCCCAGAGUUUAAGCAACUCUAUCAGUACUGAACUCCAAAAUGCAAAAAUUUAUUUCAUUGCAACCUAUUCUCUUCCUGUAUAGUGCUUUUUGAACAUUUGAAGUAUGUACUUCUCUAACCUUCCAUGUAGCCAUGUGAGUUUCAAGGUCAUGUAAAAGAUAACUAAGAGGUUUGAACAUGUAUUUAUAUAAAUUUAAAAACUCUGAUAAAAACAAGGGAAUAUCUUUUAAAAUAUGUGAAAAGCUUAAAUUUUGGGAGUCUUGACAUUCAGUGGUAUUAAAUAUUCAUAGAUGGUAAAAUUCAUUUUAAUCUAUAGAAGAAACACUUUAAUGUCACAACCAUGCAGAAUACUACUUGUUCGUACGGGCUAUCCUGACAUGUAACUAAAGAAUACAUCACAAAACAGUCAAAAUUAAGCUUUGGUCCCUAGAUAAACAUUAAUUUGUAUCUCUAUAGCUGACCAUCCAUUUGUAACAUAUUCAUAUAUGCUCGAUGCAAAAGAAUUGUUGUUGGCUUGUUUGGAAAUCAGUAGGAGUUGGAGUGGCAAGAUUGUCAAAGCUAUACUGCCAUUACCUGUGCCAUUAUAUAAAUAUAACUAUAUUCAUAUGUACUACACUACUUAUUUGAUGGUUGUACCAGUAUUAAUGUUGUAGGAUGAUGGAGCUGCCAAGGUUGUGGAGUGUAUAUUCAGGAAAUGGUUUGUGUGAAAAUAUCUUUUAAUUCCAUAUGACCUUGUGUUGUUUAUGAAAUGCGUGUUCAAGGACAAUUGCUUAAACAGGUAAAUAUGUGAUACUGUAAUGAAUGAGAUUCUUUAGAUUUGAUUUCAAAAAUUUAACAGCUUCAUUGGUGUUUUUAAUCAUAUCUUCCAUUUGUUACAUUCUAUUUCAUUUUAAGAAAACUGUUUCUCUGUCGCCAGCCUUUUAAGGAAAUAUUGUUACAAAAUUUUAAUUACUGUUUCAGUAAACUGAUGAUAAUAUCUGAGGAAGAAUAAGUUGCAAUUUUUUUAUUGUUCCAAAGACUGCACUAUUCCAUGUGUAGUAAUAUCUAGAGCCUAAUGGCUAUUUGUAUUUGAUUUUCAAUAUUAUAACAGUAUAAUAUUUUUUUGUAAAGAAUUAAUAUGCAACAAACUCAUUUCAAGAAAUAGUUUUCUACAAAUGAUUUCAUCUUCCAUGUAAUCUUAAAAUAUUUUAAAGUUGUAAAGCACAAAUCCGAGUGGGUUUACAAAUGAAGUCCAUGGUUGAAUGCCAUUUUCAGUUGUGUAAAUACAAAUUGACGCUUUAAUGUGGAAAAUGUAAAAUGUAUGUGUAUGUAGAGUCUAAAUUAAUUUCUGUGGCUGUUAAAAGCUCACAACACCAAAUAUCAAUAAGAAUAAUAAUGUAAAUGGUGUGUAAAAGGAACAUCAGAUGUAAAGUUGUUCAGUAGCUUCUAUGAUUUCUUUUUUGAUGCAUUUCAUCCUGUCCAUUGUCUAAAUCUUCUAUAAGUUUUCUUGCAAGUAAACAGUAGUACAAAUUUAAAAUCAUAGUUGGUUAUCACAAACAGUGACAGGUGACAGAGUUGAAAUUAAACAUUUCAGCUCUCUGUGCACACUCUUCUAACAUCUCAGCAUUCUAAGAAAAUGGUAGGUGUAACAUACAGCAUACCUAAAACAGCAGGCCAGCUUUUACAAAAGGACUGUUUUUUUUUUUAGUUAUGCUAUGAUUAGAAAGAUCUAUGUACAUAAUUUCCAACAGAUGUGAACAUUGUUUAUCUCUUUAAAUGAAUAUCUUCAAGUGAUUUAAUAGUUUCUGUCUCUAGCACAGCAAGCAGUUGCUAGAUGGUUGUACAGCACUACAUCCAUUGUGUGAGAAAAUUAACUACAAAUGGUCAAAAAUCUGAAUACUUUAUCUAUUUCAAGGUCUUCUGCUCUCAUUUUGUAGGUAUGGUGUGUAAUUGAAGUUCUCUUACUUUUCUUUUUGGAAUAGUGAUAAUAAAGAAAGUUAUUCAGUAAAGGUACGGAAAUCAUAACAUACAUAAUAGAUAUUGCAGCAUAUUUCAAAGCAUUCAGAGCCUUUAGAAACAAGAUAUCAUGAAAUUACAUUGACAUAAUAUUAGUCAAGGACUUUGUUUCAUAAAAAUAAAGGAGAAACAUUUACCUUACUCUUGCAGAUGGUAAAUGGAACUGUUUACCAUUUGAAGAUACAUUUACAUUACUGGAUAAAAAUAUGACAACAGCAUAGCAGGCUGUUUUGCAUGCUAUCAUCAGAAUUUUCUGCCAGCCAUGCCUUUGAUCAGCAAUUGAUUUAAAAAAAGAGUGACAUCCUUAUACUUUAAAAAAAAGAGUUUAUAUCAAGAGGAUUCUUAGCAACUGUUUAUCAGUGUAAACAAUGCUUAAGACUUUGCCAGAGCUCAGAAUAUGUGAGAGACCUUUCUGAAAUUUUUGUUACUAAUUUUUCAAGAUUGUUUUAUGAGCAUGCUUCAUGAUAGUGAUCUAUCCAUGCACAUGUGUUGACACUAUUCCAAUAAACAACGAAUACCGUAAAAUUUGUUUGCAUUAAACAGCCAGUAGUUGUAUAACUUAAAAAUAACUCAUGAAGCUUAAUCACUUCCAGUAGACAAAUAUUUAGGCUGAGUAUUUAUUCAAAUUCCAUAAUUCUGUUACUCACUCAUUGGCAUUUCUUCAACUAUUACAGAUUCCUACAAUGGCAGUCAUGAGUGAAAGCUGUCACCCACAACAGCUUUAUCAAAUGUGUUCAAUAACCUAACAUUGCAUUGAUUGUCAGUAGGUUUACUGAAAUAUCUAAUAAAUGGCAUCAGAUUCUUCUUACAUAGCAGGAUUCUGAAUCUUGUUUACUCUAUAGUUUGCUGUGUGUUCAUCUAGGUCAGGGAGUAUUACCUAAGCAAGCUCUGUCACACUUUUUACAAAUUUGAUUACCAUUGUAACCUAUGGUUGUAAAUAUAUUUCACCUUAACAUUCCCCCGAAGUUUUAAAUAACAACUGAGUUACUGUAUUGGCAUCCUAAGAUACAAUUUAUUGUUUCUGUCUCCUUCAAAGUUCUUACAAACAAGUGACUGAAAUUGUUGUACAUCACAGAAUGUAAGUAAAACAUGUGAAUCAGUUUGUGUAUUUGGAGCCCAUAUAAUGCACAGUAAGUUGAAAUGGGUAAUAAAAUGCUACAAUUACAAAAACCAGAGUGACAUGAUAAUUCCGUACGAAGACUUUUAUGUAAACUGAAUCCUUUUUGUUUGUAUUAGUACUUCAGUUAUCAUUUGUGGGUAAACUAUUCCCUACUUCUGUGUAUCUCCACUAUUUGCAUACAAAAUCUUUGUGACUGAAGCUUUUUCUGAAAAGUAGUAUUAUAAACUGAAGAGUUUUUCCACUAGUUUUCAAGCACAUUGCUGGCUUUAAAUAUAUUUCUUUAGUAUCUGGAUGAACACUAACAGGCUGUGGCAUGAGUUACAGUGAAAAAAUUCUCUUCCAUAAAUGCACAUUGUCAACUAAUUCCAGAUUACAUCUUAGGAUUCAGCAUGUUAAUGCCUUCUAAUAUGCAGUACAAUGUGCUUCUUACUCAAUUCAAAAUUAUUCAUGCAUCUUCUCGCUGUGUUCCUCAAAAAUGAAAAUGGUGCUGGGAGACUUCCAGUGGGUCUAAAAUGACAGCUAUCACCAAUACACAAAAUGUUAUGGAUGUUUUUGUUAUUUACCUAUUUUUACUUUGGAGACCCUAUCAAGCAGAGCAAGUUGAAACAAGUAAUAAAACAUUACAAUUAUGAGAACCAGUCUGACAUAGUAAUUCAUUUUGGAGAUUUCUAUUGCACUGGACAAAUUUUUAUGUGGAUCAGCACUUCAAGAGUGAUAAGUGAGGAAACUAUUCUCUGUGUUUGUAUCUCUGUGCAGUUUGGAUAUAAAAUAUCUUUUCAGUAAGAGUCCAACUGUAAAUGAACAGAUACUGAAGGUCAUGUAUGAAUUUGCAGGAUAGAUGUCAUAUUGUAGUUCAAGCUGCUUCCACAGAAUACAUCAUUUAAGAACUGGUCCUCCAAUCUGGACAAGUUUUUUCUCCUUGUUUGAUGGCUUGCAACUUCAAUGUUCUUAUUAUUUAAUACUUUUUUCUACUUAACCCUGUUGCUCAGAUAUUUUAGUUCAUGAACAUCAGCCAGUAGCUUGCUUCCAUAGGUAUUAUAUUGCUUUCCUUGAACUGAAUGGUUUUAUCAUGUUCUGCCCUUGUCUAAAGAUUUAAAAAAAAGUAGCAGGGUAAGCAUAUAAAAUUAUUUGAUGAACCUCAGCUAACUCAGCCAAUGCCUUUCAGAAACAAAGUGCAUAAAUGGAAAAAGAAAUAAAAUGGCACUUUGUACUCCUCUUGGUAAUGACUUCUGGUCACUUAAUUGGUAUAUGAUCAUUCAGUCUUUACAUGCCAAAGGUAUCUCUUCUCCCAGUACUUAAGCAGCUACUUUUUGUGUUGGUACAGAUAAUUCACUAGAAUGUUUUGCUGAGUUACUUGCUCUUUACAGUUUGCAACAGUAAGAGAUUUGAAUUCCGUACAAACUUACCAAAGGAGAAUUUGAAGUUCUCACCAAUAAAGCAUUCAUUCUUGUCCAUAAAGUGCUUGGUUGUGUUCAGUUCAUCUGCAACUCAACUUUGUGUCUCUUUCUGAACUGAAUACUUUGUGGUCACUUAUGUAUAAUGAAUUUUUUCACUUCUGCCAAAACUGCUACAACCAGAAAGAAUAAGUAUGACUCUUCGUAUGGAUGCAUCAUACUUUGUUAAAAAGUUUGACUUUUCAUCUGAGAGGGGGUCUGGGCAGCACAAAAGCAAAGGUCAAGGCCUGUUAAGUGGAAAUUGCCUUUGUUGGUGCAUUGGGUGUUGACUCAGAUGAGAUGUUGUUAAAAACUCUGUUACUUCAGUGAAGGAUGUUGACUGUCGAAGAAGAGCACUGCAAGGCCUUCAUCAGCUGACAAAACUGCCUGAAAAUGACAAGCAUGUUCAUUAUUGAAAUAUCACUGAAUAUUUUAUUUGACUCCAUGUCUGAAAGUCUCAGCAAUAUUUAUUACAUUUGCAAAGCAUGAAAGCAUUCGAGUCAUAUUUACUGCUGAAUUCUUUCUAAAAACAUUAUCCUUUUGCUGGUAUCAGUUACAGGAACCAUAUUGUUGAUAGCUUUUGGAUUCUCAGACAGUACUGCACUGAUGAAGUAUGGAAGUAGGCCUACUACACUAAUGAUAUGAUGACUGUGAGUCACAAAUUUAAAGAAAUAAGAACAAGAAUUUUGCAGUCCUUUAUAUUCAGUUUUUCCAAUAUCCUUUCUUCAGUAAGCCUAUUGUAACCUCCGUAAAACUUGGUGUACCUUAAUUAUCCCAAACUCGUGAACAUUCUAUGUGGAUUCAGCGGUACAUGUUGGAUAAUAUCUCUGGCAAUGUGAUGAUACACACUGUAUGAGGUUUUCAACCUUUUGUGUAUGAGGACUUGCAUUGUUAAAAAGAUGUCUGCCUCCAGUGUUUAUAGGAUUUAACUGUACAACUCACAGUUUUGAGUUGUAUGCAGUACGUGGCUGUCCUGUCAGCUAUCACUUAUACAUGGCACUCUAGAAGUUGAGAUAUGUAAGAAUAGCAUCUGUUGGCAGGCAGUAUAAUAAUAAUACUGAGUGAAAGGUUAGGGCUGAGUCUGGUGGCACCCACUGCAGUCUGCUUUGGUUGUGAAACAUGAUCAGGGAAUCACUGCUCCCAAAAGGUGCCUUUUGCUAUUUAGAGAAGUGUCACAUACAGAUACACAAUUUGUCUUGCAUGUGUUUCUUUCAAGAAUCACACUAAGCUGAUGUACAAAAAUUCCCAUCCACUCUUUUUGAAAGUACAUGAUAGAUUUUGUUGAAAUUCUUUCAACCAUUUCCAACUAAUAUUUUCUGUUUUUUUUUCGUUUUUUUGUUGUUUUUUGUCCAUGUUGCAUUGGUGUUCUUCUAUAAGUUCUUUGUAUGAUUAUUUUUAACUCCAUAUUAUGUUCUCUAUUCUUAUUACAUGUUCAUGUUGAUCACUCUUAACGAAAAUCAGGAAAGUUAUUUCAGUGGCAGCUUCUUUGCCAUAUGUUGCUUGUCUGAUUUCAUAUUAUUUUGUCUUCUUAAUUCUGGUUAUAACUGAACUUGUUUAUGUGUGAAUUUUGCUUGUGUCACUGUCCAUGAGAGCACUUACAUAGAAUUUUUAAGUAAGUAUGUUUAGAAUAAUAAAUUUUAUGGUGCCAUAAGAAUUGACACUUGUAAAGAAAUUUGGUUAUACUUGCUGUGUUUCACUGUUUGUUUGUUGCUCUCUGGCAGUAUCCUUGUAUUGCAAUUCUGUUGCAGCAGUUUACUGGACUGUGUUCCAUCUAUAAUAUUCAUAAUUGUUUUUUAUUUUUCAGUUUUAGACCAAGUUUCAUGUUCCACGUAUUUGGAUUGUCCCUUAGCACAUAUUAAAGUUACUUCAUAGCACAGACCACCUACAUGAACUUUAGCAGACAAAAGGCCUUUUCUAGAAAUUGCAUUGUUUAACUGAUCACAGUGAUAGGUAGUGUAUAUAGCACUUUAUAGCAUGAUAUCUUUCUUAUUUCAAAUUACUCUUGAAUGUCUAUUUGUGUAUGAAGACACUUUAAUAGUUGUGGUAAGGUAUGUUUAUUUUGACAACCAAGAAUAUCAGCUGAUUCAGAAACUGCAAGCCCUCACAAAUCUUAUUUCUGGUGGAUUCUCAGAAUUUUUUCAGUAAAAGAAAAUGUUAUUGAAAAAAUUCCAAACACUUCACUUUUAGAAUUUUUGUAACAGACAUGAAUUCCUUUUGAAGAUGGAAUACUAAACUAAUCUUUGAUAUGCCACUUCACAAAAAAUUUUCUUUUUAUAGUCCCAUGGUUGCAUUUCCACUAAUGUCAACUGCAAGGCCAUUGCUAAAAUGACAAUAAUAACGUUUGUAACUGAAUGUCAGAAACAUACAUUUAACUUAUCUGAAAGUUAACAUUUGUAACUGAAAUUGUAUCUGGUACUGAAAUAAUAAUUUCAUUUGGAUUAUUAUUUCCGUGAAUGGUUGUGUACAACUUGUCUAUAAAGCAUGCUUGCUGUACUAUCAUUACACUAAAAACUAUAGUGUGCACAAAGGAAAAAGUAUUGCUGUCACUGUUUCUUCUCCUCACCUGGGUAUAUAUUUAAUUUUGAACUAAUGUGUUAUGUAUUGCUGUCACUGUUUUUUUUUUUUUCUCAUCUAAGAAUAUUUUUUAGUGUAAGCAGUGCACUGCACCUGCAGCUAUAAUUUUGUUAAAGUUUUUAUCAUGAAGAAAAUGAAUUUCCCAUCUCCUAUUUUUGCAUGUUUCAGAGUUUCCUUAAAACAGUAUGAACUUGUGAUUAAUGCUAAAUUGGUGAAGUUUUAUUUCCUUACUUACAUGGUGUAACAUUAGUCAUUUUUACACAAGUGUUACAGUCACUUAUAAUUUUGUUAAAAAUGUUACAUAUCUCUCUGUUCCUUGUUUAUGGAGAAAACAAGGAAAGUGAUGUUUAAGACCAGUUAAGCAGUUAGGUGUAAUUUAUUGCUGUGAAGUGAUUUGAAGAAUUUGCUAAUAAUAUCUUGUUAUUAAUGCAAAGUAACUAAUUAUGUGAUAAUUUAUCUUACUAUAUUCUUAUAUCUGUUGAAAAAGGAUCAAAUUAUAGUUUGGCUUGAAGAGUGAUGUUCUGUGCUAGAAAGAGUUUACCAACAAAGGUAUAGACCAGGACCAUAUACUCUUAUCCUUAUGGAGCUGUAUAAAUUGUUACCUAAUGUAAAAAUGUGUUCCAAAGAAAGGAAAAUGAGAAAUUCUAAUUUCA